AUGGCUUCAAAAAUCAAAGUUCUUGAUUCAGAUCUCUUAGACCUUCCUCCGAGUUGCAUAGAGUUUUGGCCAAAUAAUCCUUCAUGGUUCAUCAUUGGAACCUAUGAGUUGGAUAAGGAGGAAGAGGAUUCAUGGGUACAUGUCGAGAAGUCUUCGAGUGAAGUCAUUGUGAAUACUGAACCAUUUCCACAUAAAGAAGGAAUGGUUUCUUCAGCUCCCUUGAGCUUGAUCGAUUAUUCUCAUCCCGAACAUAUUUUUGUUGAAGAUAAAAACAUCAUCUCAAAUGGAUUGGAAGAUCAAUCAGAGCCUCCAUCUACUCUUCAAAAGAGGAAUGGAAGUUUAAUGCUAUACCAUCUUGAUGGUGGUUCUCUGACUCUUUGUCAAUCACGCCCGUAUCCAUAUGGAGCAAUCUAUGAUCUACAUUUUUGUCCCACGGAUCAAGAUUACUUCGCAGUCUCCUCCAGCACAGGCAGGAUAUCACUCUUCAAAAUAACGGCCGAUGGAAAUACUUCUCCUAAUCUCGAGCAUAUUAAUACUUGGAAAGUAUUUGAUGAUUCCGUUCUUAUCACCUAUUUUGCAUGGUGUCCCUCAACAUCGAAAGAUGGUUCCCUAUCUUUAGCUGUGGCAGCUUCUACUGGAGUUGUUCAAAUACUUAAUAUCACUGGGGCUAUAUAUGGCAAGAUACACGGUUCGGAUUUACGGUUACGGAAAGAAGAACCAUCAGUAUCGUUGCAUUCUUUGAAAAUACCAUAUUCAGGCGAGGAACCUCAAUAUGCAUAUUGCUGUUAUUGGGCUUGUCACCCUUUCACAUGUUCCGAAAAGUUCCACGGGAUAUUUUCAGGAGGCGAUGAUUCGAAACUCCGGAUUUGCAUUUUAGGAAAUUCUCGAAAUAGAGAUAAUCAUUUUGACUUGAAUUUGCAAAACUCGUACUCAGGGCAUGAAGCUGCUGUUAUUUCUAUUCUUCCAUUGCCAUCCGGGGAUAAAAAAUGGGUUCUCUUAACUGGUAGUUACGAUAAUAAAGUUCGAGUUAUCAAUAUGGGAUGGUCAUUUGGCCCGGUGUCUCCUUAUGAACUUGCCAAAGAGACACCAAUCGAUGUUGUAGCAGAUUUAGAUGUUGGAGGAGGAGCAUACCGUCUUGAAUUCCUUCACGAAUACCCCAGGCAAACAGAAAGCGACAAAGAUAUCUCCUUCAGGAUCCUGGCAUCAUGCAUGGAAGUUGGCGCCAAGAUUCUAGAAGUCCAGCGAAAGGAAGAUAUUUGGGAUGUUAAGGUUAUCGCAUCCAUCGAUAUUGACAUACCUAAAUGGCCAAACCCAACUAACAAAUCCCAAUUAUGCUAUGCCAGCGCAGUACAACCUGGUAGAAAAGAUGGAGGUUUGGUGUUCGUCAGUUCUUAUUUUAAUAAGAGACGACUGAGCGGUACACCAAAAAGGGUACAACCUACUAUUACGAGUGGAGAUACGAUUUUUGUUAGUACGUGUUUUAAUAAGCGACAAUUGGGUGUUUAUAAAUUUGUGGAGGAUGAGAAGAAUGAAAUUGAAGAAAUUACAAAGGGUGUUGAGGGGCUUUGA